AUGGCCAACACGAUCGUGACCAGUGUCGACCAGUACAACAAACUCAUCAGCACGCCAGCCCUAACCGUGAUGUUGUUUUCCGCUGACUGGGCGGAACAGUGCAAGCAGAUUCUCGCGGUGAUGACGGAACUGGCCAGGCAGUUUUCCGCGGUUCAGUUCGUGGACGUUCCGGUGGAGGAACUGUCCGAGGUGGCGCUCAAACAGAUCGAUGCCGUUCCGACGGUGAUCUUUUUCCAGGCGGAAGAGGCCUUUGAUCGGAUUGAUGGUGUAGACAUUGCCGCGCUGACGACCAAUUGUCGAAAGCUGGCCGGAGCAGCAACAUCAGUUGGUGGAGGUGCCAAGGAACCGCUGGAGGAUCGGCUACCCUCGGACGAACCAACCUAUGGAUGCUGCGAAUCAAAAGGAUUUCUUAAAGCCACUGCCGAAUUCCGAUUCUUCGUCGUCGUCGUUGGCGAUUCAUCAUCCCUGUCUAGAUUGGUAGUUUGGUACCGCGGAAUUUCUACAAUAUAG